AAACAACAUAUAUCAUUGUUGAACAUUCAAUCUGUACCUUGAUCCACUCAUCGCACUUGAAUACAACAUCGACCUACCUGCAACCAUGCUAGCCAGCUCAUACAUGGCGCCCCCGCGUAAGAUCUCCCUUCAAUCACUCUUAGAAGGUUCCACAAGCGGAUCAUCCAGUAGUCCAAAUGUUGACCUCGCAUGGGAACCAUUCCAAUCGACCGUCGAGUUGUUCCUCAAGGCUAUAGACGGCUACGUGCACAAUGCAAAGACGGAGAUCGUCAUUCGCGCCAAGGGUCAUUCAGACUCUGUCAAGAUUCUCAAAUCAAACAAGGAGGAAAUGGAGAGGAGGAUUCAAGCAGAGAGGGAGAAGGAGAGAGAGAUGUUGUCUGAACUCGAAAGCGAACGUCAGAUCGUAGCAGAUCUCAAUUCGUCCCUCUCUCAUCUUCAACGGUCCCUGGCCAAAGUCAGGGAAGAAUCAGCCAUGAUCGAGUCUGACUUGGCCGCCGUGAAGAAGGAAGUAUCCAAGCAUGAGUCCGAUCAGGAGAGGCAGAAGUCCACCUUGCAAGAUAUGAAGGCGAGGGACGAAGUAGAACUUCAAGGACUGGAAGAGGCUAUUGGGCUCAAAGUGGAUGGUGUAAGAGAUGGUGUCAUACUCAUGAGGUUCACGUUGCUCGAUCCUGCUGAACCUGGUCGAGAAUUCUCCCUCCUCUUGGAUGUUUCGGGUACAGAUUACGCAGUACCAAAUUGCUCGCCGACAUUGUCCGCACUUCCUGAAGUCGUCCGUCAACUCAAUACGGACAGAAACAUUGUCGAUUUCAUCCGCAAAGUCCGCAAAGCCUUCAGAGCUACCGUUCCGGAACGACCUGCCCCAACUAGUCAAUUUGACAACCUGCCUGGCUCGGCCAUGCGUACGCCGGCUCACCGCAGAGGCCUGUCUCAUGGCGGAGAAGCUGCAGCAGCGUGAUACCUUGCUGGUGUUCAUACGCAAACCCGAUCUUCAAUCGGCUUUGUUCUCCCCUGUAGCUUGUAAAAUUUACAGAACGAUGAUGCAUUGCGUUGUGCU